AUGUCGUCCACCAGCAACGCCUCCAUUGACAAGUUCAACGGAGACAAUUACGCAACGUGGGGCCGGUACAUGCGCGGUGUGUUUUUGACGAAGUCCGUCUGGCACGUCGUCAACCGUGAAGUGACUCCGACUUUCGCCGACCCGCGAGCGUCCGAUGACUAUGUCAAGGCAAGCAACGUCGCGUUUGGUAUGAUGCUGCUGCACAUGAACGCGGACUACCAUCAUGUGCUGGACAACUGCAAGGAAGCCUGGGUUGCGUGGACAAGUCUGAAGACGCUGUACGGUGGGUCACAGAAGGCAGGACGCAUCUACCUCAAGCGACAACUUUUCAGUAUCAAGAUGGCUGAAGGCGCGAACGUCAUGCAUCACUGCAACGAGGUCCUCAACAUCUCCGCCAAGCUUAGCGGCAUCGGUGCGAAGAUGGAAGACGAAGACGUUGCAAUUUGUCUGCUACUCAGUCUUCCGAAGAGCUACGAAAAUGUGGUGCUCAACAUGGAAAUGAGCAGCACCGAGCUUCGCACUCAAGAUGUGGUGAGAGUCCUGACGAAUGAGCAUGCCAAGCGUCAAGGAGAAAAAGGGACAACGACAGCGACUACGGUGAAGGCUGAAGAUGCAAGCAAGGCAUUCAGCGCCGAGCGUGAGCCCUACCAAUGCACGUAUUGUGGCAAGGUGGGACACACGGUGGAUCCUUGCUGGACAAAGCAGAAGAACGAAGGCAAUGGCUACGAUCGAGUGGCGUUUGCAGUCUCGUUCGAAUGUGGAGUUUCGACGAGCAAGGACGUGUCUGGAAUGUGGGCCGUCGACAGUGGUGCAACGCACCACAUUUGCCACGACAAGACCAAGUUCGCAAGUUUGGCAGAGCGCAAUGAGGGCGAACUCUUGGUGGCUGAUGGCAACAAGGUGGCCAUCAAGGGUGUGGGAACCAUCAUGGAAAAGGUGGUUCUGCCCAACGGUGAAGAGCGUGAGAUCGAAAUCAAGAACGCGCUAUAUGUUCCAAGUAUGAGCAAGAACCUGCUCUCGGUGCCACAGAUUAACAGCCAUGGCAAGUUUCAAGUCGUGUUUGACGGGUCCAAGAUGUAUGUGACUCUCAAGAACUCACAGCAAGUGGUGGCGACAGCGGAUCUCGUGGAUGGACUCUACGGGCUUCGGACGACUCAACGAUCAGCUAAUGUGACAACAAGUGGAACCAGUUGUGCCGAUCUACAUGCGAGAAUGGGUCAUGCUCCAGUCGAUGUACUUCGCAAGAUGAUCGCGACCAACAUGAUCAAGGAUGUGCGAGUCCCUCUCAAGUCGGGUGGAGCAACUACAUGUCGAGGAUGUCAACAAGGGAAAAUGGUCCAAAAACCAUUUCCAAGCAACCGAGACAAGCGCAGCUACGAUACGUUUGAGCUACUUCAUCUGGACAUCUGCGGGCCCAUGGAAAAGGAUUCGCUCGGUGGCAGCAAAUAUUUGCUGCUGAUCAUCGACGAAGCCAGUGGAUGCAUGAAGGGCUUUUGUCUACGAGUGAAGUCCGAGAGUGAAGACUACAUCCGGAAAUAUAUCACCAUGGUACAGACGCAAUUCUGUAAGAAGGUCAAGUUCGUGCGACACGACGGAGCUCGCGAGUUUGCAACCAACUCGCUUCAACUGUUCUACGAAGACGAAGGCAUUGAACAGCAGACAACGGUGCCGUAUGCACAUCAAACAAACGGAACAGCAGAGCGUGCCAUUAGGACUAUUGUCACGAUCGGCCGCAGCAUGCUUCAUCAUGCCAAACUGGACAAGUGUUUCUGGGCCGAAGCAGCGAUGACGGCCAUCUACGUCAAGAAUCGACUGCCGUCACCUAAAGUCGUGCACAAGACCCCGUUUGAGAUCGUCUACAACUUGAAACCAAGCGUCAAGCACAUGCGAACAUUCGGGUGUCAGACAUACAUACUGACGCCUAAAGAGAAUCGACUCAAGUGGGAUCCAAAGGCUCGCGCUGGCAUAUUCGUGGGCUACGAAGAAGUUUCGAAGGCAUAUCGUGUUUAUGACAUCGAGGCGGGGCAGGUGGUUAUCAGCCGCGAUGUCAACUUCGACGAGUCCACCUAUGGACUUCAACUGCCGAUCACUGAUGAAGAUGUCGAUGACCUGGACUUCGAAUUGCUGGAUCUUGAUGACGAAGAGCUGCGUCAAAUGGAGUACAAGCAAACAGGCAAGCGCAAGAACCGACUCAAUGAUGAAGAUACAGCAGCUCCACGACCGCGUGCAGUGCGUCAACGACCAGGACUAGAAGAGUCAAGCGCGCCGGAAAACAACUCGUCACGCCAAGAAGAAGACGAAGAAACGAAGGAUUCUGGUGAUUCAACACCGCCUGUGUUUUGGCGUGCGAGUGCAAAUGCCGUUGAAGCAGCAGUGGACUUAUCAGAGCCCUCAACAUUUGAAGCAGCAGUAAGCGGCCCUGACCAAGUGCACUGGAGAAAAGUAAUUCAUGCAGAGCUCGAGUCAAUGCGACUUCGCGGUGUGUUUCGUGCAGCCAAGCUGCCCAACGGACAACGCGCCAUUGGCACAAAAUGGGUGUUCAAGAUCAAGCGCAAGGCGGAUGGGUCAAUCAAGAAGUACAAGGCACGACUUGUGGACAAGGGUUUCCGCCAAAAGUAUGGCAUCGACUACACGGAGACGUUUUCGCCUGUGGUCAAGUAUGUGACGCUGCGAAUGGUGAUCGCAAUUUCCAAGCAUUUUGGAUGGCCCAUCGACCAGCUUGAUGUGGUGACAGCUUUCCUGUAUGGCGUCAUGAAACAACAAGUGUUCUGCGCGAUUCCUGAAGGCGUCGAACUUGACACAAGCGUCGCGAGUGUGGAACGAGACGUUCGACGAGUAUGUCUGUGCUCCAUCGGAUUUCAAGUAUCGGACUUCGACCCAUGUCUCUACAUCAAGACUUCGGACGGCCAUUGCGUGUUUAUACUGGUCUACGUGGACGACGUCUUGGUGACUGGAAGCUCGCUCGAGCUGAUUGCACAAACCAAGAACGACCUGAAGACGCGGUUCGAGAUGACGGACAGCGGCAAGUGUGCGUUUGUUCUUGGGAUCGAGCUUUUGGACGGUGAAGAUGGCAGUGUGACACUAUGUCAGCGUCGGUAUGUCGAUGAUAUCCUCAAGCGCUUUGGCAUGGAUGAUUGCAAGGCAGUUGCAAGUCCAGUCGACAUGAGCUCUCGACUUGUUUCAAGUGAUGCAACUACCAAGGUCGAUGCUCCUUUUCGCGAAGCUGUUGGUGCGUUGAUGCACCUGACCACUGCAACGCGUCCGGACAUUGCGUUUGCUGUGGGCUAUGUGUCGCGGUUCAUGGAAAAUCCCCAAGAAGAACACUGGGUUGCAGUUAAGCGUAUCUUUCGCUACCUACAAGGCACCAAGACGCAUGGAAUUUGCUACAAGCCAAGUGCAAGGAUCGACUUCCGUGGAUAUUCGGAUGCGGAUUGGGCUGGUGAUCUUACCGACCGCAAGUCAACAUCGGGGUACACGUUCAUGCUACUCGGUGCGCCAGUGAGUUGGGGCAGCAAGAAGCAGCCAAGUGUUUCGUUGUCCACGACUGAAGCUGAAUACAUCGCACUCAGCUUGGCGAUUCAAGAGGGCAAGUGGAUUCAUCGUCUGCUUUGUGAGAUCGUGAUGGCUGCCAAUGAAGAAGGACCGGAACUCAUGAUUCAUGAAGACAAUCAGUCAUGUAUCAAGAUGACGAAGAACCCAGUCAACCACGGCCGUGCCAAGCACAUUGAUAUCAAGUACCAUCACAUCCGUGAUGAGGUCAAGCGCGGUGAAGUGAAGCUCAAGUACUGUGAAACUGCGGUGAUGUUAGCGGACAUCAUGACGAAGGGACUUCAUGGACCACGCCACAAGGAGAUGACGACGGCUCUCGGGAUUCGUGAGCAUUCGGAUUGA